CUAAAUCUCUUUAUCUGACCUUAUUAAUAACAUUUGUUGCAGCAUUGCGUCAAUUGCUGGGCAAGAACCUUUUCAGUUUGAUAGCAAGGAAGAGGAGGCGGUUGAGAGCAUGGUGGCAAUUUUGCAGGAGUCCAAUUUGACAAAGGCAUUGAAGGUGUUCAAUGAGGAUGGGAACAGAUUCAUCUCGGGGAAAGAGCUGCUGGUGGAACCAGAGUGGACUCCUUUCUUCUUUCAUCUCCUCUUAUCUCUUCCUCCACCUAAACUAGAUUCUAUCUCUUUCCCUUCAAGACCUCAACAAUUGAGCAAGGAAGCCUACGCCAAGCCCUUGACAGUUGGCAAGGAAACCUGCACCAAGCCCUUGACAGUUGACAAGGAACCCAGAUCUAGGGUCCUCUGUUGUGUGAGGGUUGAGCGUCUGGUUCCUCGUGGUUGCCAUUCACGCACCCAUCAGCCUGCUUGCCAGAUGGUGACCUUCCUCAAUUGAGUUGUUGUCAAUUCCACAAGAUUGUAGUUAUUGCCCCAAUCAAAACCUAAAAUUUUUUAUUGAAUGUGUUAUGCUCCUUUGGUUGCUGGGAAAAUUAGAGAAAAGAAGAGAAAAUUGAAAGUAACAAUUUACAGUGGAGAUUUGUUGUGAAAAUUAUGCAUUUUUUUUGUUGUGAUUAGCCUCAAAUUUGCAGGGAAAAAGUGUUAAAUUCAAGAUAAACUUGAAACUUAGAU